AAUACUCAUUUGGCCUGCGGUGACAGUAAUUAUUUUGACUCCACCGUCAAAGACAAAGACCGCACUCAUUCUCUCUCUCGUGGUCGAGUCAAAACACAUUUAAAGAAUGUUACUACCUUUCACGCUCUUCUUGUGUUUUGCUUCGGUUACAGAUUUUUCGUUCCAAUCUUUUUCCAAAUUAAAUCUUCAUUAAUUCCUUCACUUCAAGAUAAAAAGAAUCAUUUCUGCUUUCUCUGCAAACUAAAUAAAACAAGAAAGAGAUGGGAAACUGUCAAGCAGUGGAUACAGCUAGAAUCGUGAUACAACAUCCAAAUGGGAAAGAAGAGAAGUUAUGUUGUCCAGUUUCAGCUAGUUAUGUGAUGAAGAUGAACCCUGGCCACUGUGUUUCUCUUCUCAUUUCUACCACAGCUCUCUCCGCCACAUCUACUGGUCAUGGAGGCCCUCUUAGGCUGACGAGGAUCAAGCUCCUUCGUCCAACGGAUACGCUUGUUCUUGGCCACGUCUAUAGACUCAUCACUACCAAAGAGGUUAUGAAGGGUUUAAUGGCGAGGAAGGGUUCGAAGUUGAAGAAAGAAAGUAAGGGAUCAGAAGAUAAGCAAGAGAUGGUGAAAGCAAUAAGCUCUAGUACGAAGCUUGACAAUGAAGAUCAGAUCAUGAAGAAGCAAGAGAAAGAAAGGUCAAGAAUCUCAAGGUCAUGGCAGCCCUCUUUGCAAAGCAUAUCAGAAGGAGGCUCAAGCUGAGCAAAUUCUAAAACUAUUGGAACAUUGACGAGAAGCUUCGGAACUUGAGGAUCUAGUUUGGAAAAUAGGAAAGGCAUGUGAGAGGCAAACGACAAAAGCUGGUCCAUUGGAGUGUGUGAUAUUAAAGUUACAAAAAUGAAAGCAAUCAUUCAGUUUUUUUGUCUGGAAGACUCAUGAGUUCUCCGAGUUGAAUAAUACAUUGAUAUUGUCAAAAGUUAAGCGUUACAAACGUAACCGAAAGCAUAUCAAGCGUGCUUGAGCUGAUCAUUAGAUAAUUGAUCAUCUCUAUUAAAUCAU